UCCCUCACAACCCAUUGGCUGAUUUAACACUAAAAAAGCCAAUCCUUACUGUAGGCUGUACUCACCUUUUGUUUCUAAUUAGCCUCUUGUUGCUUUAGAGUUUACAGUACUGUCAGAGAGGAGGCCGCAUUUUCAGGAACCUGUCAGCUUAAACUGUUUGAGUAUUUUUUUUUUUUUUUUUUUUUGAGAUUGUGUUUCUUUAAUUUGGAUGUUUCUAUUUUUCACCAUGAGUGUGAAGAACAGAAAAUUCUCCCUGGACAGCUCUAUCCCUCUGGACAGUGUCAUUGGCGCUCGAAGAAGCAGCUGCAAGUUUGGUAAUAAGAAAUUCUGCCAGACUCAGAGCCUGGAUGAUGCCCGACAGCAGAUCCAGGAGCUCAGUCAGAGCCUCAGCACAAACAUGUCCAUCAGGGAACAGACAAUAAUGGAGGAGAGUAUCGAUCGAUCAGAUGGACUUGUCACCAAUAACAGCUUUCUGAAGCACAACAAAACCUUCCACAAACUGUUCCAAGAGCUUCCUGAGGGGGAGAACCUGACACAUACAUUCACCUGUUCCUUGCAGAAGGAGGGGCUGUAUCAUGGGAAACUCUUUGUAUCUGAGAACUAUGUGUGUUUCUACUCAUCUGUGCUGCUCAAAGACACAAAGGUGGUUAUUCCUGUGUCCAGUGUACGACAUGUGAAAAAACAGAACUCUGCCUUGUCAAUGCUGUCGAUCCAAACUGCAGAUGGAGAGAAGUACUCAUUUGUCUCUCUACGAAACCGUGGGAUGUGUUACAAACUCCUCCAAACCGUCUGCUCCAUUGCACCGGGUGAGAGUGCGAAUAAUAGCCCUCACAUGUCCUCGGCAGAGAAUGAGGCAGAUCUAGAUAUGAUCUCCAGUAACUCCAGUGUGGAAGACAGCAUAUAUUGUAAACCGAGCAGACAGAACAGCUCUGAUUUUGACAACGGCUUUCCUCAGUUUUCCAGUGAAGCUCCUUCAAUACAGAGCUCCACCCGUCAAAACAGCUUAGUAGAUGAAGAUAACAAAGAUUGGAUUUGGAGGAUCGCCGACAGGGUUACACCGUUUUUUUCCCUCAGAGAAAUCAGGAAUCUCAGCGUUCUCUUCUACAUCUAUUUGAUGUUAUUGGUGUUGCUCCUGUUGGCAUCUGGAUACAUCGGUCUGAGGAUCAUAGCACUGGAGGAGCAGCUGAACUCUCUGGGAGCCCUGACUGAGCUGACCUUUCACCACAGAGAGUACCAAGAAACAUAGCCAGUGGCAGCAAACCGUGAACAAACAGAUCCUUUUACGACCUUAUGUAAUGUAGGACUGUGCUAAGAUCUGUACAUCGAUGUCUGUAUAGUCUCCCAAAAGCAUCUUAACACUGAUCCUUGUCCAUUUGAUAUACAGCACAUAUACAGCUCUGGAAAAAAACAUAAGAGACCACUGCAAAAUGAUCACUUUGUCUGAUUUUACUAUUUAUAGGUAUGUGUUUCUGUAAAAUGAACAUUUUUGUUUUAUUCUCUAAACUACUGAAAACAUUUCUCCCAAAUUCCAAAAAAAAAUAUUGUUAUUUAAAGCAUGUAUUUGCAGAACAUGACAUAUGGUCAAAAUAACAUAAAGAUGCAGACCUGAAACAAUGCAAAGAAAAGCCGUUCAUAUUCAUUUCCAAACAACACAAUACUAAUGUUGUAAAUUGGGAAAAGUUCAGACAUCAGUAUUUGGUGGAAUAACCCUGAUUUUCAAUGACAGCUUUUUCACAUGUCUUGGCUCUCCUCCAUUACUGUUGGAUGACUUUAUGCAGCUCCUGACAUAGAAAUUCAAGAAGAUCAGACAUGUUCCAUGGCUUGUGACCAUCCAUCUUCCUUUAGAAGUUUUCACAGUGCAUUCAGGUCUGGAGAUUGGGUUGGCCAUGACAGGGUCUUCAUCUGAUGGUCCGUCAUCCACACCUUUAUUGACCUAGCUGAGGCCAGGAGCAUUGUCCUGAUAGAAGAACCAGUCCUCAGAGUUUG